GUUCCUCCGCCGCACAUUUUCGCGCAGUUUAUCGUGAGCGACGUUGAGCGUGUGGGAUGGCCAGUAAUCCGAUAGACCCUCUGCAAGCUCUUUCUGCCGCGCUAGCAGUGGCGGCGGACUCGAAGGAACAGGCUGAUCUUCUGGGAACGUUACGAGAAUCGCUUGAGGCUCACCCUGGCCCAAUACCUGUCCUCUGUACCACUCUUAUCAAAACCGUGUCGGGAGCGGGCGACUCGCUUCUGAAGAGAUGGGUUAUUGAUCUUCUACACUUUGCCAUCUGUCGGUCAAACUUGUCUGUUGAAGCGCGUACACAAUUGGCCGCUCAAUCUCUGGAGACUUUGACUGGACUAUUGAACGAUCCGAACCCGACAACAGUGAAGGUUACUGUGGAAUGCUUCGCCACUGUGUACGCGCUGCUGUUCCGCAUGCUAUGUUCAAAUCGAAAUGCUCGCCAACAAUGGGAUAUGCUGUCGCAGGCAAAGACGCGGAUCUUGGAGUUUGUCUGGGCACCCCAUGUCAGCGCUAGUAUACGGUUCGCGGCAGUCAAGUUCAUGCAGAGGGUGAUUCUUGUUCAAACACGGGGAAAUAAUGACCCCAGGUUGCAGAAUAGGAACGAUCCUAAUCUCUCGAUGUGUCCAUCAGACCACCCUUUCAUUAACAUCGCUGCGCUCGAAGCAGAGGGGCUCAAACUUCUAGAGAGCAUCAUAACAAUAUUAUAUACCAGCAGUAAUCCCGAUAUGUUGUCCGCCAUUAUCAACAGCUGGGCAAUGCUAGUGAAACUCAGGCCAGCAUUGGUUGAAGUUGUCGUGUCCACGCUCGCACAGUGGACACCGGCCAAGCUCGAGGGCCAGUCUGCAUCCGCCAUCAAGAGUGUCGAGAAGGCUGUCCGCAUACUUCUAAUGCAUAUCUCACGGACACAGCAAGGCGCAUCAUUCUCAGCCCAGAUUCACACUGCACUCGCUAAUCAAGGAGCCAGGAUGGAUCAAGCAGCAGCCGCAGAAAAACAGCGCAAAGCAGCCGUAGCAGCCGUAGCAGCCGAAGCGUCGCGCAAACGAUCGCCUACAGGUACACCAUUGCAGGAAGGGCCGGAGGCAAAGCGACCGAAGUUGGAAGAGGGCGCGGCGUUCUCUAUACCAACGACAGGAUUUGCCGGCUUUGACUUCACAACCCUGCCAGCUGCCCUUGUCACCGACCUCAUCGUGGCAAAUAUCCAGACGUUUUCCGAGGCAAGCCUCACCGGUCUUGUUCAAGCAUAUCGACAUAGCAGAACGCAAACUAAUGGCGCCGCAUCAACAUCUGCAGCGUUUCCCCCCUCUGCUCCCGUUUUCGCCCCGAGUGCGGCUGCUCCAGUGGUUGCAGCGAGUGUCUCAGAAGCACCUGCAAAACCAGAACAACGAUUGCGGAGAUCUGCCUCUCCGCCUCCUGCAGCCCCCCUCGUCACGAUCAAAGAGGAACCUGUGGAUCCGCUCAAGAUGGACAUCGAUGAAGAAGAGCUCGAGUUUGAGCCGGACAAACUCAACGUCGAGCUUUCAGGCGAAUCAGAGGCAGUACCAGAGCAUGAAGCAGCCCUGGACCGUGAGAUGGACCUUACGGCAGACUUGCACCUUGCGGAGUUCAAACUACCUCCACCAAAAGACCUCUCUUCAGAUGAACGGGAAAUGAUCGUCCGCGGUUCGCUCGGGCGAAUUUGGGAUGGAGCAAAAGACCUUGCUCCCUCAGAACUGGCGGCCGAGGCCGAGGCUGUUGGCUCGUCCACUGCAGACACGUGGAUGUUACUGAUCGUGAGACUGGUCACUCGCGUAACGGAUCCUGCAGGAAAGGAAGACGGUACCGAGAAGAAACCCGAGGAGAACAUUAAUGACGCAGUCUCGGAGAUCUAUGCGCAUCAGGACAGGCUAAGGCAGACGCUCUGUAACUACAUCAUGGCCGAUUUUUCUAGCAGGCUACGUCUUGCUACAACGUGGAUGAAUGAAGAGUGGUACAACGAUCGGAUACAAAAGUCCAGAGAUCGCGAUUGGGUUCCCAACUACGAGACAUGGCUAAAUCAGAUUGUUGCGGCGUAUCAAGCGCAUCUAGAUGGCAAGGAUCGGACAUUUUCACGCUUCCUGCUUGAUCUUCCGCAUGUACCACCUGAUGUGUUAACUCUGCUGAGGGAGUCUUGCAUCGAGCCAGAACGACGGCAGAUGGGCUUCGCUGCACUGCGUGAAUUUAUCUCACAACGACCAUCGUUACGCGCUGAAGCGAUGAAUAUGCUCUUGGAACUCACAACUCAUCCUGACAAGGUGACACGGGGAGCCGCGAUAAAUACCGUGAAGAGAUGGAUACCCGACAUUCAACCCAUGGACAGCAUGAUUCGUGAGUUCGCCCUGCAAUUGCUACGGCGGCUGCAAUCUCGUCCCAAGUCUGCCAAGUCCGAGGACGUCCAUAUGAAUGGCGAGCAUGAUGAGCACAUGGAAGAUGGUCAGUUGCCUCAAGAGGAUAUCAUUCAGACGCCAUACUUGCCAGAGCAGCUGGAGUUGCCUGCAAAUAACGCACAGGUCCUACAGCACCUUGAGCUCCUCUUCGCAUUGUCAACGAAGGUUCCUGAGUUCCUCGACGAGAUCUUCGCUGCUUACGGCGGCAUGGAUGAGAGCGUGCAGGAGACAAUACAACAGCUCAUAACACCGCUUAUUCGCGCACUGGGUCCAAGUCAUGGUAGAUUGCUAACGCUCUUACGGACGUUCCCGCCAGGGGCGGACACGCUUGCGCUGCGCGUUCUAACCAUCUUCACCGAACAUGGGCGACCUAGUGCGCAGCUGGUCACUCUCGUGAAGUCUCUCUACAGCGAGCGAGAACUCGACGCACGAUUCCUCAUACCUAUCAUUGCAGAGAUGGACAAGGCGGACAUCUUGCGGCAUCUGCCGCGUAUUGUCUCUAUUCUGAACGGGAAACCCGAGCCCAGGAAUCUCGUUCGUUCUGUAUUUAGCUCAGUCGUCACGACACCUCCGCAGACCUUCGGCAGCGUGACGUCAAACCUGCCCAGAGUGCGGCAAAGUGAGCUACUGACCCCUGCCGAGCUGAUGGUCUUAUUACACGAGUCGGAGAAGGAAAUUGGGUUGAAAGCCGCGAUAGAAGCGGUUGGCAUAUGUUUCUCGAUGACGGAUAUCUUCCGGUCUGAAAUUCUAGCGGUGGUCAUGAAUCAGCUGGUGGACGAACCAGUCCUGCCAACGCUAUUCCUCAGGACGGUGAUUCAAGCAGUGACCACAUACAGGUCCCUUGUCGGCUUCGUGUCCACGACCCUGUUAUCGCGGCUAAUCACCAAGAAGAUCUGGACGAACCCCCCGUUGUGGGAAGGUUUCAUCCGCUGCGCAAAGCUCAUAGCGCCUGCCAGCUUUGGCGCCCUCCUACAGCUGCCGAAAGACCAACUUCGAGAGCUUGUUGACAAGCAACCGAGUCUGAAGGCGGGCCUGCGUGAGUUCGUGUUGAAAAAAGGCGUCAACAAGGCCCGGGUUGCAGGGUAUCUUGACAUCUUCGGGGAGGACGACAGCAGUACGAAUGGCAAUACCGAGACUGCAUCCACUCCCGAAGCGCAAACGCCUCCGGCUGCGUCAAGCUCUCCUGCACCAUAAGAUACUGUUUUGCCUACUCAACUUCGAUGUACUUAUGCUUCUGGUGGUAGUCAUGAUAUGAUACUUAGCACGGCAAUUUAGUGAGCGGCAUCGUUUUAUGUAGUAUCCAGUAGUGCUACCACAUCUUGCACUGUAUAAUAGACCGGAACACAAGCACGAACAGAGAGAUGGCUGUCCACGCUAAUCAAUAG